GGAUGGAGCUCAGUUCACUCCCUGUGAUGCUCUUGCUGAUUUCACUCAGUCCAGAAACACAUGCUAAAGAGCAACCUAAAGCUGUGUUGUCCAUAAAGCCUGAUAAACAUGUGUACACUGGCGAGAAUAUCACUCUCAGAUGUGACAUAGAGGGAGGAGACACUAAGUGGAAAUACAUCUGGUUUAAGAAUAAUUCCAGUCUCAACACGGAAGAAGGAAAAGGCAAACGGUAUAAAGACAACACACAGCAGGAGUUCAAUAUCAAGUCUGUUAAAGACUCUGACAGUGGUAACUACACCUGCAAAGGACAGAUAAAUAACUCUCAGAGCUCAGAGAUGAGUGAUGCAGUUACACUGACUGUAUCAGAAAGACCAAGGCCAGUACUGAGUGUAUCUCCACACAGCUGGCUGACUGAAGGAGACUCAGUGACUCUAAGCUGUGAGGUUACAGACUCCUCUACAGACUGGACAUUCAGCUGGUACACAGUUGUUCCCUACAGAGAUGGAUUAACUGCAAUAAAUAAUCAUCUUGGCUAUACCAUGUAUGUGGAGCUCCUCUCAGACAGCAGCAGAGGAUCAGGAGGCAAAUACACUCUCAGUCCUGCUGCUCUUAAUCACACAGGAGUUUAUAGGUGUAGAGGAGAGACAGGAGAACCACCCUUUUACACAAAAUACAGCUAUAGAAAGCCUCUAUGGAUCACUGGUGAAUCUCCUCCAAUCUCUCUGAUCAUCAAUCCCAGCAGAACUCAACACUUUACUAAUGACUCUCUCUCACUGAGCUGUGAGGACCAGAGUAAGUCUACUGGAUGGACAGUGAGACGAUACACACGCAGUAAGAAUGAGUCAGAUUGUUCACACUGGGGAUCAGUUACAGGAUCUACAUGUAACAUCAGCUUCCUCUCCACAUCCUACACUGGAGUUUACUGGUGUGUGUCUGAAUCUGGAGAAAACAGUAAUCCUGUCAACAUCACAGUGCAUGAUGGUGAUGUGAUCCUGGAGAGUCCUGUCCAUCCUGUGACUGAGGAACAUCCUCUGACUCUACACUGUUUAUAUCGUACACCUAAUGCCUCAAACCUCACAACUGUUUUCUAUAAAGAUGGAUCAGUUCCCCAGAACCAGACUACAGGAGAGAUGAUCAUCCAAACUGUCUCAAAGUCGGAUGAAGGUUUCUACCACUGUAAACACCCAGAGAGAGGAGAAUCACCGAAAAGCUGGGUCUCAGUCAGACGUUCUAGGUCCACUAGUACAACCUUAGCUUCUAUUCUGAGUUUGGCAUUUCUGAUCAUUUUAUUAAUCGUCCUGCUGGGGUUCUGCAAAAUAAAGAGAGAAAAGCAGAAAACCAAUAAGACAUCAGAACUGAAUCAGAGCCGAUCAGGAGCUGAAGACUCUCAGUCAGGACACACACCACUUCAGGCUGAUCUUGAUGGUGAACUCAGUGGUGGUGAUGUGACUUAUGCUCAACUUGAAUUAAAACCAAAGAAGUCGUCUAUGCGAGAAAAAGAAAAAGCCAGUGUGGAUGCUGAUACUUUAUACUCAGCAGUGAAGCUGAACAACAAGUGAGUCGGUGUAUGGAGCUGAUGGAGCUCUGGUUAUAUGACAUGUUAUUUCUGUUAUUUCUGUUUUCUUUUGCUUAUGAACACUUUCUUUCACCUACCCCCCAUAUAUGUAAGCACAUACCUGCAUUUAACUGUGUACAUAGAUAGAAUAACAGUUUAUUAACAAUAAUAACAAUCUAUUACAUUAUUUAGUGCAGUCCAUCAUGGUACACGUGAAAACGUGUUUGGCCAGAUGCAAAACCUGAGCUAGGCAAAAUAAAAGGCUCAAUAGAAGAAGAACAGAAGACAAACUUCUCUUGGAGUACAGAUUUAGCUCUAAGUUUUAAAUGCUUUAGUCAAUGCCUUCUAGACUGGAUACUUGCAGUCUGUUCUUCACUGUCCUGCUGUUUCUUUAAGCAAGCAUCAGCUUAUGAUUAGCACCAGGAAAGUCACAGCAUAUUACCUUCAUACUUACUUAGACUAAAUUGGUUGCCUAUUAAAUUCUACGUUGACUUUCAUUCUUAUGCCAU